ACUGACUAGAAACUUAUGGGUACUGUUUUUCAUUCUGUAUUACCCGUAAAAAUCAAAAACCUGAACCUGAUCACCACUUCAUCCUAGCAGUAUUAUUUUUGGGGUGAGUCUGAAAAAACCUGAACCUGAUCACCACUUCAUCCUAGCAGUAUUAUUUUUGGGGGAUCCAUUGGGUGCAGGUGAAAUCAGUGGCCUACAACAUGAAGAGUAAAGGAAACAACUGCAGCUGGGUGGGGCCAGAGAUACCCCUAUCAUCUGAAUUCUUCAGUGCGAUCAAAAAUGACCUGUGGUUGUUCCUCAUCCCUGCUGGGCUGACGUUCAUUCUGCUAGCUCUGUUCCUGGAAGAGAUGGGCUUCUUCUUCCGACACGUUGCCUCCUCCAGGCGCCGUUGCCUUUCCCUUUGGAUCCUUGGCAUGUACCCGGUCUUGGGACUGACAUCCUUAACUGCUUUAUAUGUGCCUCGCUCUUCAUCGCUCUGUAACUUCAUUGCAUCUGUGUACCACUCUGUAACGCUGCUGAAGUUCAUGGGCCUCAUCACUGACUUCUUUGGAGGCAAGGCCAGGAUGUUAGAGGUCCUUGCUGGACAGGCAGUUUCCCCCAGCCCCUUCCCCUGCUGCUGCUGCUGUUGCCUCCCCAUGAUCACAAUAAACAGGACGAGCCUAGGAUGGAUGAUGGCAGCUGUUCUGCAGCUAUCUGUUGUGAGGACCAUCCUGUUCUUUGUCACACUGGUUCUCUGGACAGAUGAACAGUAUGAUUAUGGAGAUGUUGAUUCUGUCAAUCCCAAUCUGUACAUAAAUAUUAUUACUGGCGUGUCUACCUUCCUGUCCUUCUACGGGUACCUGCUCUUUUACAAAGCAACCAAGAGAGCUCUGCAUGGCUAUGGGCUGCAGGCCAAGUUCAUCUGCAUCAUUGUGGUACUGGUUCUGUGUGGACUUCAGAGUGGGAUCUUGGAAACCAUGGGAGCCCUGAAAGUCAUCCCCUGCACACCCCCAUUCUCUGAUCUGAUGCGUUCUCAGUUGAUAUACCACUACUCAGUGAUUAUGGAAAUGUUUUGCAUUGGCCUAUUUGCUCGCCAUACCUUCCGCAAGGUGGAACCUAGCAGAGAAGAGAGUUUGAGGAUGGACCAAAGCCCGAGGAAAGGACAUCUGGAGAAAGAGGUUCAGACUGAACAGGCGUGGCCACUCUCACAGCAGAUCAGUUUGACGCAUGAGGAGCCAUGGUCAGGUUCAUCAGGAGCUGCCAACCCUGGGUACAGUAGUGACAGUGAGGACAGCCUGUGUCGCAUCGAGCAUGCUCCACUGGACCGCUUCCCAUUCCCCCUGCAGCUCCAGUUUCAGCCAGCAGCCAGACCAGGGAGAACAAGUCCCAAAACCCCAGAGGACACCACACAACCAGAGAAGCCUACAGUGACCCUCAGUGCGGAAAUACACCACAACAAGUCCGGAGAAGCCACCAUUGUAUAAAACAGAAGCAAGUUUCCUAGAGGAAUUAAUAGGACCUACAUCAUGGCAUCCACAUUUAUUUAAUCACUUGAACACUGGUGACAGAACCCACCCACAACCGACUCCACAUCAUCAUCAUCAUCAUCAUCAUCAUAACAUGAUUAUGUCACUGAAGAAAUUACAUAGGCUUAACGGCAGGGGAACAUGUCCAACAAAUAUCUAACCAUAUCUAAUAUGCUCUACCAAAUAUUUGUGUGUAACUUCAUUCAGUACUAGUAUUAGAAAGUCUCACCAAUACCAAGUUGUUACGUCACACAAGAGAAAUAACAUAUUGCAGUGUGUGACAAAGCAACCUUAAUUAAAAACUUUCAGCUGAGAUUUCUUGAUCAUUACUGGAGCUGAAUUUAUUUGAUAUCA